UGAGAAUAUCCUUGCGCGUCGUUGUGUGACCCCCUCACAAACGCGAUCACGUUGACGUUGUCUGCCGCCAUUGCACACUACGAGGUUGCUGUGUACAAAAUUUCGGAGCUAUGGCAGAAGGAAAUGGAGAAGUUUCGAUGGAAGAAAAGCCAAAUGUGAAACAGGAAUCACAAGAUGCCAAAGUGGAUAGGACAGAAGACUAUGCAAAACUUGUGGAAUAUGGUCUGGAUGAGAAAGUAGCUGGAAAGCUUGAUGAAAUCUACAAGACAGGUAAACUUGCCCAUGCUGAUCUGGAUGAGCGUGCUUUAGAUGCUCUAAAAGAGUUUCCUGUCGAAGGAGCGUUGAAUGUCCUUACACAAUUCCUGGACUCAAACUUGGAGCAUGUGUCUAAUAAAUCCGCAUAUCUCUGUGGAGUGAUGAAGACUUACCGUCAGAAGAGUAGGGCAGGUCAAGGUUCUGGUUCUGGUACUGUAGCCAAGGCUCCUGAUGAAGAUAAAAUAAAGUCUAUUUUGGAGAGGACUGGUUAUACAUUGGACGUUACAACAGGACAGAGAAAGUAUGGUGGGCCACCACCAGGUUGGGAUGGACCAACACCUGGAAAUGGAUGUGAGGUAUUUUGUGGGAAGAUUCCUAAGGACAUGUAUGAGGAUGAAUUGAUCCCACUUUUCGAAAAGUGUGGCAGUAUUUGGGAUCUGCGUCUCAUGAUGGAUCCAAUGACUGGCCUUAACAGAGGUUAUGCUUUUAUUACGUUCACAACAAGAGAUGCAGCUCAGUUUGCAGUGCAGGAGCUCGAUAAUCACGAAAUCAAACCUGGCAAGAGUCUGAAAGUUAACAUUAGUGUUCCCAAUCUGCGACUUUUUGUGGGCAACAUUCCAAAGUCUAAAGGCAAAGAGGAGAUUCUGGACGAGUUUGGUAAAUUAACAGCUGGCUUGACAGAAGUAAUAAUCUACAGUUCACCAGAUGAUAAAAAGAAGAAUCGUGGUUUCUGUUUCCUUGAAUAUGAAUCGCACAAAGCAGCAUCUCUCGCAAAACGUCGACUUGGUACAGGUCGUAUAAAAGUAUGGGGAUGUGACAUUAUUGUGGACUGGGCGGAUCCACAGGAAGAGCCUGAUGAGGCAACAAUGUCAAAGGUGAAAGUGCUAUAUGUGAGGAACCUGACUCAAGACUGUUCAGAAGAAAAGCUAAAAGAAUCAUUUGAAGCUUUCGGGAAAGUAGAAAGGGUUAAGAAGAUCAAGGACUAUGCCUUUAUUCACUUUGAAGAUAGAGAUAAUGCAAUGACGGCUAUGAGUGAGCUGAAUGGUAAGGAGAUGGGUGGUUCUGCAAUUGAAGUUUCACUGGCAAAACCACCUUCUGACAAGAAAAAGAAAGAGGAAAUACUUCGUGCUAGAGAAAGGAGGAUGAUGCAAAUGAUGCAAGUUAGAGGUGGAUGUUCACCAUCCCAUCCAAGCAUGUUACCAAGCUCAAUGCCGAUGAGGGGUCCUGGGGGACCAGGACCCAGAGGUUCAAGCGGGGGUGGAUCUAUGCGAGGGCCCAUUGGUCGUGGUGACUAUGAUUAUGAUUACGACUAUUACGGGUAUGGGGAUUAUCGAGGUGGCUACAGUGAUCCAUAUUACGAUGACUAUUAUCGUUACGAGGAUUACUAUUUCGAUUAUCCGCCGCCUCCACCACCUGCCAGAGGGAGGGGCAGGCAGCCUCAGCCGGAUCCAGAAGAAGUUGGGUUCAUGGAAGCAAGCUCCCCAAACUACAGCAUGAGCGGUGGGAUUCAGGCUGGUCGUGGGCGUGGAGUGGUGGCUCGUGGCCGGGCCGGUGGGCCCCCAGCCCGUGGGGGAGCCAGGGGGGCACGCACCGCAGCCUCCGUGGCCCGUGGGGGGGGUCGAGCACCCGUGCGUGGGGGGGCCCGCGCCAAGGGAAGUUUACCAGGUGAGGAUGCAGGUAAACGCAAGUUUGACGGUGGUCACCAGAACCAGGGGGAAUCUAAACGUCGCUACCAGAGCAGCUGGGGGAAUCAGCCCCUCGCCCAACAGCCGCUGGGCAAUGCGUAUGGGCUAGCAGGCAUGAAUGGCGGCGGCUACAAUUCGGGCGGGGACCAGCAGUGGUACCAGGACACAUACCAGUCCUGGAGCUAAAUACCAGUGGGUGGCUUGCUAGGCUUGUUGGAACACUUGGGCCCGGGCCCAUUGUGAGGAGCCGUGUGGACUUAAGAAACCUGAUGCUGAAUUAGAAGUGAAUGGGAGGGGUAAAAUGACCAUUGAUCCAAUGAGCCCUUUCACUUUUAGAGGCUGAUGGUCAUUAUCCUCGUAAAGUGGUAAUGUUGUACAGAGACAGUUUCAUUCGUUUAAUGUGUCCGGGUUUUUGAACGGGCCCAGGAACGUGAGAGGGAUUUAUUCCUUCUGGCUGUCUUGGUCUUGUUUGGUGACAAUGAGUGGAAGAAAAGAUGGUGAUUGUUGCUCAGAAGUGAUGAUAAAAACCCACUUGUACAUUACAGCUAAACAUGGUCUCCCUUUUUAAGUUUUUGAUAAAUAGAUUUGUUCCCUUUCUUUGUUGAUUGCUUGUGUCCUAUUGACUGUUUUUACACGAGCAUUGUUGUCUUUCCAGCACAACCUUCAAAAUUCCAUAACCAAACUCUUUGCCAUUUGGUUACAGAAAGAAAACAAAUCUCUUAUGUGAUCAAACAUUUGGUCUAAAGAUUAACCAAGUGAUUCCAUGGGUUUUAUGUAUUUGCCUGCAUUGUCUAUUUGUUUUGUUAUAGGAUCUGUAUAUUCCUUGGUUGUUUUUUUUACUGCUCCCCCAUCAACCCCCCCCCCUAGUUCUGGAGACAUUACAUCUUAAGGGGGAAAUUUCUAAAUCGUCAGCUGCAGUAUCUAAAUCCCACUAUGAGUGGGCCCCUUGUUUAUUUCAUUCAAACAUUUUGACUUUUUUUUUUUUUUUUUGAAGCAAGCAAGGCAUGGUUACUGGACUCUUGGGAUAUAUAUUUAAAUUUUGGUUCAAGGUUUAGACAUGGGUUUCUUUAAACCUGUAGAAACCUUCCACUUUUAGUUUUGUGUUUUUAAGUUUUUUUUAAAUGUCUUCAAAUUUGUUAAUGUAUAGUGUAAUCGCCAGUAAAUUACAGUUUAUCUGAAAGUGUGCAAAGUAGACUGAAGUGUGUCCAUACCAAUUGCAGUCUUUUUUUAACGAAGUGCUAUGUAUGACAUCAGUGGAUUAUGAAGUGGGUUUUUUUGGCUAGGGAGCAAAUUAAGCUCUGGUAUUUGUACGAGGAAUGAUUGAUUAGUUCAAACUCACGUUCUUGAUGGUAUAGCAAUAAUUUUACAUGGAAAUAUAAGAACUAAUUAAUAAUUGGUAUUUGUUUGUUGGUUGAUGUUGAAAAGCCAUGAGAGCAGCAAGAAGGAAAGAAAAUAAGAACAUAUUUGGAAACUUGCUAUACCUCAAGAACAUUUUUGUGACCAUGGGAAGGGUUUGUUCAUGUUCAUAUGGAGUGGUCAUGUCCUAUUCCACUUGAAUCAAGGGUAUGUUACUCUUGGUCCAGGUGAAUUUUUUUUAAAUAUAUAUAUAAAUAUAUAAUGUAUUCCUGCUGCUAUGUGAAACAUUGUGAUGUGGAUGUUUUAGCAGUAUAUUCUGAGGAGUGCUCACUUGCCAUUUUUGCAACUGAGAGUAGCUCCAUAACUUCAGCAUUUUUUUACAUCUUAAAAAUCUCGUACUGUUAUAAAUUAUGUUGUCCAUUUUUUAUUCCACAUGUGCUUUGCUUGGUUUUCAAUUUUCUGCAUUUUUUUCCCCACAUUUGAAUAUCUGCUAUCAAUUAUUUAGUGUGAUGUAGGUUGAAGAUACGAAUUUAAAAGACCGUUGACAGAUUAUGUUUUCCGGGCCAGAAGUUUCGAUUUAAUAUGUCCAGAAUUUUGUGAAUGACCCGAUGUAAUGACUAUCAUGUCACAAUAAACAGUUGUAUGUGAAUUAGUA